AUGGCGGCGAGCACAUCAGCAGGGCAAACUAGGACCAAAGAUACUUCAUCAGCCUCCGUCCUCUCAAAAGAACAGGACAGUGAUGUUUUUCCAGGUGAACUGCAGGACUAUGUGGUGGACUUCCUGGAAACGGAGGUCCUCAGCGACCUGAAGUCCCUCAAACAUGUAGGAUAUCUGCUGGACAAACUGAAGAAGGAAAACAUCGAGCUGGAGGAACAGGUAUUAAGUGUAUCCGAUUCUGUCCCUCCUAAAGUGUUUGCAGCUCUGUCUGCAGCUGAGGAGGCCAGAUGUUCUCUGGAGGACCUGAUGCAGAGAGAGCAAGUCAUCUCAGAUGAGCUGCAACAGCAUCUACAGAAAGCCCAACCUUAUAUGGACAAUUUUGGACAAGCACUUAACCAAGUGGACAUCAUUGAGAGACACAUGAAAUACUUGAGGUGUCUUCAGUAUAUUGAGGAACUCAGCUCUGCAGUCCAGCAGUGUCUGAUGACGAACAGUGUAUGGGAGGCCAUCAAGGCCGUAGACAACAUGGCUGCACUAGUUGCUGGACUAAAUGAGUCAAGAUGUUCACACCUUCAGAACUUCCUCCGAGAAACACUUCACUUCUGGCACAAGAUCAUCAAAGACAGAUUGGCCAGUGAUUUUGAGAAAGUGUUGACUCAGCUUCACUGGCCGAUCCUCUCGCCUCCUGCCCAGUCGCUGACACCCACUGCCAAUUCUCAGGAGAUCCACAGCCAGCUGGAGGUGCUGGUCUCACAGCUGCUGGCCCUGCAGACCUCUGAUGACAUAAUCUCUCAGAGUCCAUCGGCCUCCCGUUCAGAUGCUCCCUCUGCCUCUCCUCAGUCUCAGGCACCUCCCCUCUGUCUUCCCAUCCAGAUCAUGCUGCUGCCUCUGAGCAGGAGGUUCAGAUAUCACUUUUAUGGGAAUCGACAAACCAACUCCCUCAGCAAGCCAGAGUGGUACCUCACACAGGUUCUGAUGUGGAUGACCUAUAGCUCAACAUUCCUAGAGGAAAAGAUUCAACCUAUCCUGGAUCGAGCAAGUGCCACCAUUAAGGCCAGGGUGGAGCUGUGCAGAGGUCUCCUGUCUCUGGUUCAGGACAAGGUGGCCGUCGAUGCGUCUCGGCUGCUCUAUGAUGAUGGGCUCUUCUGUCACUUGGUGGAGGAGGUGCUGCAGUUUGAGAAGGAGCUGCGGACCCAGCAGUUGUACCCAGCGGCCCUGCCUGGUCUCCUGCACCUCCUGCUCGACGAUGCAGUUCUGCAGAAAUGGCUCACCAUGGAAAAGAAGAUGGCAGUGGAGAAAGUGGAUGCCAUGUUGUCAGCGGAGGGAGCGUGGACAUCUCAGUACAAAGACAUCAGUGACAUGGACGAGCUAAAGGCUCCGGACUGUGCUGAGACUUUCAUGACUCUACUUCAAGUCAUCACUGAUCGCUACCGGGCCUUGCCAUGUCCAUCCGCUCAACUGAAGUUUCUGGAGCUGCAGAGAGAACUUGUAGAUGACUUCCGUAUUCGACUCACCCAGGUGAUGAAGGAAGAGUCUCGUUGUCCAAUGGGUGUCCGUUAUUGUGCCAUCCUUAAUGCUGUCAAUUACAUUUCAACUAUUCUCGGAGACUGGGAAGACAAUGUGUUUUUCCUGCAGUUGCAGCAGACAGCAGUGUCACUUGGUGAAGAGGCGGUUCUGGGAAACCUGGGGGUGAUGGAGAUCGGGCGACUGGCGUCCCUGGAGGGUUCUCUGUUCGAAGGUCUCUUAGCUUUGCUGGAUCGACUAAAAGCAGAUAUGAUGGGAAGACUACUGGAUGGGAUAAUGAGAGAAAUCUCUGAAAAAGCAAAGCCAUACUGUCAAGACAGGUGGUUAUCCUUACCAUCCCAGCAGGACCAGUCCAUCAUGUCCCUGUCAAGUUCAGCCUGUCCCAUGAUGCUUUGCGUGAGGGACAGAUUAUUGAACCUUCAUCAGGUCCUCAGUGUUACUCUGUUCCAACUGGCCUGGCAGGGCCUGGCAGAACGGCUGGACAACUUUCUUUACCAGGAUGUCAUCCUGUCGAAUCACUUCAGUGAUGGAGGAGCAGCUCAGCUUCAUUUUGACAUGACCAGAAACCUGUUUCCUUUGUUUGGACACUAUUGUAAAAGACCUGAGAAUUUUUUUAAACAUGUUAAAGAAGCAUGCAUCAUUUUAUGCCUCAAUGUGGGCUCUGCUAUUCUUCUGAGGGACCUUCUGAAGGAGUCGGAGGAAGAGACGGGGGACUGGAAAAGUGGGGAUCCUUCACCGGAGUCUGCAUUAAAUGAGUUGGGGGUUUACUGUUUAGCAUCAUGUGACGUUUUGAUUCUCCUCAACCUCAGAGCCUCCUGGCCUGGACAGUAAUAAUUCCACCUGGUAAUAUUUAUCCAUGUGUAACUGAUUCAGUCAUACAUUGUUUGAUUUUUCUUACUAAGACAUUUUCCUAAUUGAUUUUGAUCUCCUGUAAACAAGGUCAUUUUUCAGAGGAAUCAUUUCCAAUUCUGCAUUGUCAGCAGUGUCGUUUUUGUCAUUGUUAUAUUCACUCUUUCAUGGAUUUUAUUUUUUAAACCAUUUGACUAACGUUUAUCAUUCACAAAUAUACGUCAUAAUCUGUGUUCUUGUGCAAUACACAUUAAACUCAACUGACCUUCACUGUCCUUA